AUGGCGUCGCAAGCACAGCUCUUGCCGUCGCUCUACGCGCUGUUACCAGCAGACCAGCUGGACCUAAUGCUGUCCCGCCUCUCGCUCCUCGCACUGCACGCCGAAGGCUAUCAAGUCCGUGACGACGUCUACCUCGCAACGCACCCCGUCAUCCCAGGCCAAAACAGGACACUUCGCCUGCGUGCACGCCGCCGUCGUCGCCGUCGUGUAUCCAUUGGCAACCCCCGGUGGUCAGGAGUCGUCGAGAACGCCGACCGUCCGGAAGGAUGGGCCUACUCCCUUGCCUGGGUCUCGCCUCCACUGUCGGGCCGCGAGCACUCGGAGAUGCGCACCCAGGCGUAUGUCGGACUCGACGUUGCUGGUAUGAGCCAGCGUGAAGACAUUGAGAGCUUUGUCGAGGCUCUGGGUUUCAAGCACUCUCACACCUACUCGCGUAAUGGCCACCUUUUCCACAUCCCCGUCCCCGGCCAGACGCAACACACGCUUCACCUGACCAUCACACGCGUGUUGGGUACCGAUGACAAGCACGUGGACCACUCGUCUGAGCCCUACCUCGUCCAGCUCCAGCCUGGGCGCCCCGUCGGCGCUGUCGCUCCUCGCGGAGAACUCAGUCUCCAGGACAUGAUGCGCGUCAUGCAGGAUGUGUCCAGUCGUAUCGACGGUCUCGAGUGGGAGACUGGACGAUGA